GACAAUGCGAAAGGGGAACACCAAUGUUGUCUUUCAUGCGGUAGUGUCGCUAUUUGUUACGCGGGGAACCCCCGAAGGUAGGCAGCAGAAACCGCGACAUAUAGUAUUCAACUGCAGUAUAAAUCUUCAGAAGUGGCCAGACCUUCCCUUCGGCGGGUCGGCUGUAUUAUUUGUCGAUCAAGACUGGGCCAAACAUUUUGUUUGCGUGCGUGGAUAGGGACAUCCUUUCCACUGUUUUACAUCAGAUCUCAGCUGACUAAAAGCAAUCAACAUGUACCGAGGUGGUCAGUAUUCCCGCUUCAGCCUGAAAGUCAACGUCAGCCACCAGGGUAGCGACCCUGCCACCGCCCACCACCGCCUGGAGUCGUACCUGCAGCGGUGGGCGGACAUCAGCAGAAACCCGCCGCCCAGGGUCGUCAGUACUCCCGCUGCUCAGUACGAGGACGCAGUGGUCAAAGUGGAGUUCACCUUGGCGCCGAGAUACGGGGGAGCGGCCAACGCGGAGUUGUUUUUUGCUGACCUAAGGCGGCGCUGGUGCGCGGAUCCCCCACACUGGGCCGGAGACAACCGCCCUUGGCUCACAACUACUCAACGGAACGCUUGGUCUGCGGAAGGCGAGAGGGCCGUGGCACACACCGACCUGGAGUGCGACGGAUUUUCGCUAGGCGCGUUUGUGGGAAGGAGCACGUUCGUCGGCCAUUACGACGCCGACCACUUGGUUUUAGACAAGACUGUGUCGUUCGAACAUGACCGCAAGUUGAUGACCUUGACCUUCCAGCCUUACGUCGACCUGCCGACUUGUAGGUUUGAGGUGGGCUACAGCGAAGUGGAGAAAACCGUUCUGGUCCACCAGGAAGGAGACGUCACCAAUCUGUUCUUCUUCCCCAAGUACCCAUUGAAGGUGUACGAAGACGACGAAGAGGAAGAAAAGAUAGUCCGGAAGAUCAGCUUCUACGGCUGUCCAAAGAGCACUCUGGGAAACUCCUCCUGCCUGAAGAUCGUUCUCAGCAGCAAGCAGAGCCCGCAGGACGUCCUGAGCCGGCUGCGUGGGAGGAACGGCUUCACCGCGCAGUACGUCUCCGUCACGUCCCGGCCCGCACCGCACACGGCAGGUAAGGAGGCGGACUUGCUGACUGGGGUGGCGUUCAAGACCGCGUACGCCUUCCGCGCCCUCCUGUCGCGCGGCUUCACCGUCAGCGACCAGGUGACGGACGCCUUCAUCCGCCAGGUGAAACGUCUGGACAGGGACCGAGGGGAAGAUGUGGCCGUCGAUGUUCUGUACCGCCUGACCCAUGUGCUGGAAAGAGACAGGUUUGCCAACAUCCAAGCUGUCCUUGACUGCCUGCUGACCGCCCGAGACGUGGAGCUGGGACGACCGGAGACACUCCCGCGGACCCUGCAGGUGGUGGCCCGGGUCAUCGUCACACCGACAAGACUCGUCUUUCUGCAGCCGGAGAUCAUGUACGGAAACAGGGUUUUGCGGAAGUUCGGGACAGAUCACUUCCUCCGUGUGGUCUUCCGAGACGAGGACUUCUCCAAACUCCAGGCAACCGGGAACAAAGCUAGAGGCGAGGAAGAGGAGGAGAUCUUUGCUCGCGUCAAGGAGGUGUUGAGGAAGGGAAUCAAAGUCGACAACAGGUUGUACGAGUUUCUGGCGGCGUCCAACAGCCAGCUCCGGGAGCACGGCUUGUGGUUCUUCGCGGCUGACGGUAGGAACACUGCCGACUCCAUCCGGGCUUGGAUGGGGGACUUCAGCAACAGCAGGUGCCCGGCUACCUACCUGGCCAGGAUGGGUCAGUGUUUCUCCACCACGGAGUCGAGCGUCACCGUCCGGCGGAGACAGGUCAGCAGGAUCCCCGACAUCGAGGGCGGACUGGACCCCGACGGCAAACCCUACUGUUUCUCCGACGGCAUCGGCAAGAUUUCGCGGGACCUCGCUAGUGAGAUGUGCGAAAAGACCCAGCGUAGCCACGAGCCCUCGGCCUUCCAGGUGCGGUACGCAGGUGUGAAGGGGAUGCUGGCGGUAGACCCCACCCUGCCCGGUCUGGCCCUGCAGUACCGCAAGAGUAUGGAGAAGUUCUCCUCAGACCACGACAACAUUGAGAUUUGCUCCGAGAGUCAUCCAGCUCGGUUGUACCUGAACCGACAGAUCAUCUCCAUCCUGUCGGGACUCGGAAUCCCUGACGAGGUUUUCCAGGUCCUUCAGGACGAACAGCUGCGGAAGUUAGCCAGCAUGUUCCUGAUGGAGCCUCGGGCGGUCGACGCGCUGAACCAGCGGGCACAACUGUCCGGAGUGCCGUACGGAAAACUGUCCAACUGCGGCGUCUACAUGACCAGGGAGCCGUUCUUCAAGGCCAUGCUACGGAAGGUGUACAAAAGCGGCAUCGGGGACAUACGGAGAAAGGCCAGGAUAGAGAUCUCACCCGAGUACGGCCGCCACAUGUUGGGUGUUCUGGACGAAACAGGCACACUAGAGUACGGAGAGGUCUUUGUCCAGUACACGGAGGACAUCCAAGACAAAGGCGGUAAGACUAAAAUUCUGACAGGAGACGCAGUUGUGGCGCGGAACCCAUGCUUCCACCCGGGAGACGUCCGGAAACUUACGGCAGUCGACGUUCCCGGCCUGCACCACAUGGUGGACGUCAUCGUCUUCCCCUCCAAAGGACCGCGACCGCAUCCAAACGAGAUGUCUGGAGGAGACCUGGACGGAGACCAGUUUUUCGUCACCUGGUAUCCUGACCUGGUGUUCCAGCGUCAGAACGCAGACCCCAUGCACUUCAAGACACCAAAGAAGAUAGAACUGGACAUCGUCACAAUCUCCGACCUGCAGGAUUUCAUUGUGGAGUAUAUCAAGAACGACAUUCUGGGCGUGAUAGCGAACGCCCACCUGGCAUUUUCGGAUGAAGAAGAUAAAGGGGUGUUCUCUCGGGUUUGCUUGACCCUGGCAGAAAAACACUCCGACGCCGUGGACUUCCCCAAGACGGGUGUAUCCCCUGUCCUCGAUGACGACGAGAGACCCAUGACUUAUCCAGACUUCAUGGAUAAGUUCAAAAAGGCUAGUCGGAGGUCGAAGAAAGUGAUGGGAGAUAUGUACAGAGAGUGUCGGUCGAUCGAAAGCAUUUGCAGUCAGCCAGAAAAGACUGACGAAGACGAAGCCGUCGAGCCCGAUCCGUACCUGAUUCUCCCAACCCACCAACCAUACAAACGCCAGGCUGAGGAGAGCAGGGGCCGCUACGACGAUCAACUCAAGUACCUGAUGGAUCGGUAUGGAAUCGAGACCGAAGCUGAGGCGAUGUCAGGGUGCAUCGGUAGAAUCCACAAACACAUGGAUAACCGCUACGACAGGCAUGAAGUUGAGAGAGUCUUCAAAGAGCGGAUCAAGGAUCUUCGACGUCGUACCCGGGAGGAAUUCUUCGCAGAGUUCGGGGGAGAGAAGAACGUGAAGAAGAGUGACUAUCCUCCAGAAGUGCAGGCGAAGGCGUCUGCAUGGUACGCUGUCACCUAUUCUGGCACCAACCGUGACAGACGUCUUCUGAGCUUUCCUUGGGUCGUUGGUGACGUCCUUGCCGCGAUAAAAGUCACUGUCGCUCCUGACUACCCGGUAUCCCUCCACCCAUCUGUGGACCACAUCACAGCAGAACUUCAGGCGAUCCACUCUCCUAAGCGUUUGGAGACCGUCCGCACACUCUCCGCCGCGUUGAAAAGGCAGUCCCUGCAGCACAAGGUGGUCCAAGCUUUCGUCCUGCGACAUCCCGACACUGUUGACCUGAUUACGUUCCUCCUGCAAUGGGCACAACAAUAUAAGCUUCUCGGGCAGGGCGUCAGGGGAAAGCAGAUAAGCCAGAAGUCGCUCUUGUUCCUGCUUGCAUCUCACGCUAUCAAAUUCUUCGAUCCCAAUUUUAAGUUGGCCGACCAUGACACCAUUGAGUGGUCAGAACUGACAAACGGUCUCGUCCACCGCGCACGCAGGGCACCUAAUACAUCUUCUGUCCUUGGAGGCAUAGGAUUACUGUGUGUGGACUUCUUCCGAUACCUCGGGUCCCACACGUUCGUGACUGCCCGCGGGACUGGGCACAUCGUGGCGGGCACGGCGCUGAUGUUGUCCGAAGGGUGCGCGGAGGAAGUCCAGCGCCAGGCGCUCCGGGCCUACCACCUCCUGUCACAGACAGGCGACAUCGGCGCGCUCAUCAACACUGACAUCACGCAGCGGGAGGAAGAAUGGUCCCGAACCAUACCGCCAAAUCUCUGGAAAAAGUACGUCAGCAAAAGGAUCAAGCAGGUUGAGGAAGACUUGGCCAGGAUGAGUGGCGCAGCAGAGGUGCAGAUCAGACCGAUCCGAAGGGGAAGGCGUCCAGCUGAAAGGGGACGCGUCUUUGGACGUGGGUCUCACGACGCCAUCUUGCGGUUGACAUCCGAAGUGGAAUACCUAAUUUGUAGCAACAACAUGGAAAGGAUGAUGUGGGGUGAAUUGGGAAGGAUCGAUACAUGUCAUAUUUCCUGAUUUUGCAUUUAAUACAGUUUGACAGGAAUGAGGAAAAGUGGUGAUAUCCUGGCAUUAUGUAGAAAUUUUACAAUAAUGAUGUUUGUACAAGAUUUGUUGGUAUUACCUUACACAGCCAACCGGCUAAACUGUACUAAAGUUGACAAAAUCGUAUGAUACGACAGAGAGAGAAAAGAGUACUGUUCAUGAAUAAUUACUUUGCUUUUCGAUGUAAUAUUUCCUAAGACAGACCGAUGUACAAUGUUUGCAGUCGCAGACCAUUUAUCUCAAUGUAAAACGUGUAGCACUUUGCACUCGGGUAUUAAAUGUAUAAUGCGCCCACAAAAAUGUCUUGUAGUCGUGAGAAAAACAUCCACAUUGGUGGGCAGUUCUUCCGCCAAUGGACGAAUUUGUUGCCUAAUCGAUUGAAACAGUCUAAUUAUGGACGUCUGAAACGAACGAAUGUACAUUUUGUACCCAGAAUUUGUAAUGUUAUUCUGUAGCUAAACAGACGCAAAUGUUUUGUUUAUUCACGAUUUUGUUUAUCUUUGAGGCUCAGAUAGCACGUUCAUGUGGAGCAAGCGUCUGCAAAUGCGUCUAACGUCUGGUUUGAAUGUACUAUGCUACUCCUACAUCAUAUAACAAACGCACUGGCUAGCUUAGAACAUGUAGAUUACUCGAACCGUUGAUUGAAUGGUGCUGCACUUUUCUGUGACACAAUAUACAC